AUGGCCGAGGUUUCCUCCACCAGACUCUACCUGGGAAAUCUCCCUCGUAAUGCCACCAAAGCUGACGUUGAAGCUCAUUUCAACACCCAUGGUACUGGCGAAAUCACCGAGAUCAAACUUAUGAAUGGCUUCGGUUUCAUAGAAUACAAAGAUGCAAUGGAUGCGCGCGACGUCGUUCCUGCCUUCCACGGUUCCGACUUUAUGGGCGAACGCUUGACUGUACAGUUCGCCCGUGGUACUCGUAAUCGAGAUACCUUUGCCACUACUGAGCGAACUGCUCCUCGUCCCAGACGUACCCCCCAUCGAAUGCAAAUCUCUGGACUUCCAGGUGAGACCAGCUGGCAGGAUCUUAAAGACUUCGCUCGUCAAUCUAGUCUCGACGUCGUUUAUUCGGAGACUGGUCGUGACCGUGAUGGCAAAGGAAGCUUUGUUGAGUUCGAGACCGCUGCAGAUUUGAAGACUGCAGUGGAAAAGCUCGACGGCCGUGAAUUCAAAGGCGCACGUGUCACUUGCACUGCUGAUACUCAACCGGAUGUUCCUCGUGAUCGUGCAAGAUCUCGAUCCCCAGUUCCUCGAGGACGACCUUACCCUGCCGAUGAUUAUGAUCGACGCGGUCCACCUCGUGGCUACAGUCCUCGUCGUGAUGUUUAUCGCGAUCGAAGCCCACCUCGUCGUGCUUAUUAUGAUGAUGACCGUGGUCGUUAUGGCCGUUCUCCACCACCCAGACCUCGUGGUCCAAUCGAUGAUUACCCACCACCACGUCGCAGCGGUUUCGAUGAUCCUUAUCGUCGUGACUACCCGCCAGCUGAUCCAUACGUCAAUGGACAUGGCAGACCGCCCUAUGACCGUCCUCCUCCACGAGACUACCCACCAAGAGAUGCCGGAUAUGCUGAAGACUAUCGUCGUGGCCGCUACUGGUAA